AUGCCGAGUGCGUGGUCGGCGACCUAUGCUUUGGCGCCCACGGCGCCGAGCAUGUCGCGCGUGUCGAGUGAUGGUAUGCGAAUGCCUGCUGCAUCAGGGAGCGUGCCAGAUAUUCUUGAGCGGCCGCGAGACAAGACGCGUCAUGCUGAGGUGAGUCUGAGCGCCUUGCAGUUCCUAUUCGCCGAGAUGGUAGUGUAUGCUCAGGACCGCGUAUCUGGUAUUGCAGAAUUUGAGCAGCUCCUUGGUGCGAUAGGAAGACAUGUAGGGCUGCGUGCGCUAGCGAUGCAGAGUCAACGUGCGCAAUCCGCUUCGAACCCCAAGCGGCCGCAGCGAGAAACGCGGCUUCUCAAGACGCUUCUAUGGAUUCACACUACCUUGUGGAAAGUACUUUUUGGCUCCCCAGCAGAUAAUUUGGAGCGCAGUACGGAAAGCGAUCGCUUCGACGAAUAUAUGAUUACGACCAAUACUCCGCUAUUUUCCAGAGGCAUGUCUGUGCCCAAGGAGAUGGAGCAGCUAAGUGUGGAAGCCUAUACGGCAGGCAUUGUGGAAGGUGCGCUUGAGGGACUCGGGUUUCCUGCGCGCGUUACGGCGCAUACGGUGUCCACCGAUGCGUACCCAGAUCGUACAACGAUUCUAAUAAAGCUCGAUCGAAGUGUCAUGGAGCGUGAAAUGGCUAUGGGUGGUCCGUAA